GAUUCAGUGGUUUUUUUGGUUUCCAAAAACUUAAUGCCUGGCUUAUCAUAGCCGUAUACUUAGCAUACUAAUCAAAACCCUAUCAGAAAAGGCCUUUUCUCUCCCCACCAAAUCUCACUCUAUCUCUCACUAAAUCAGUCACUCUCUUUCUCAGUCUAAAAAUCCACUUCCUUUUUUAUCUCUCUCCAACAGGGAAAAAAAGGAAAAGAAAAGAUAAAAUCAUGCUCUCUCCAACCCCAUUCUCUCUCAUCUGUGCUCUCCUUCUCUGCUUGCCUUUAGCCAUUGUCUUCACCAUCACAAGUCCGGCGUCAUCAACCACCGCCACCACCACCACCACAACCACCGUCAUCACCAUUUCCGGCGAUGUAACCCAAAACCCAGAAACCCUACUCUCCACAACUCUCUUCAGCACUGGGAUCCACCACCGGAAAAUGAAGAACAGAUCAUCGAUCAGCUCUACUAGUCGUAAUACUACUACUAGUAUUUCACCGCCACCGCCGGCAAGACCCCCGGAAGAUGACGAGUCGUUGUUCCGACUCGCAUCCCGAGUUAACUCGAGGCCUUUGCCACGCAGGGGUCCGAAGAAAUUAGCCUUCAUGUUCCUUACCAACACUCCUCUCCCAUUCGCUCCUCUCUGGGAAGUCUAUUUCAACGACACCCCAAAAACCCUCUACACAGUCUACGUCCACGCCGACCCGAAUUUCCCGUACGACCCGCCGUUUUCCGGAGUGUUCGCUCACCGCGUGAUCCAUUCGAAACCCACGGAGCGUUAUUCGCCUUCGCUCACCUCGGCGGCGCGUAGAUUGCUCGCCCACGCGCUUCUCGAUGACCCCUCCAAUGCCAUGUUUGCCCUAUUGUCUCCUUCUUGCAUACCGCUCCACUCUUUCAACUUCACUUACAGAACGCUGUCCGAGUCGAAGAAGAGCUUCAUCGAGAUUCUGGAGAACGAGAUUGGGAACUACGACAGAUGGGCGGCGCGUGGACCCGACGCGAUGCUGCCGGAUGUGAGACUGGAGGAUUUCCGAAUCGGGUCUCAGUUUUGGGUAUUGACACGUAAGCACGCGAGGUUCGUAGUGAGCGACAGGAGGUUCUGGUCUAAGUUCUCGUUACCGUGCGUGCGAAUCGACACGUGCUAUCCGGAGGAGAAUUACUUUCCUACCCUCCUUAGCAUGCGCGACCCGCGCGGGUGUAUUCCCGCCACGCUCACGCACGUGAAUUGGACUGGCAGUUUCGACGGUCAUCCGAGGAUGUACGAGGCUUUCGAGGUGGGUCCCGAUCUGAUCGAGUUGAUGAGGAAUGAAAGGCCUAGAUAUGGUGAUGAUGGUACCAACGGCUCUGAUUUGUCAAUCUUCGAGAGACACGACCCUUUCCUGUUCGCGAGAAAAUUCACACCGGAUGCGAUCCAACCGUUGAUGAGUAUAGCUAAUGACGUCCUAUUCAAAGAUUAGGAUGAUCAAUGGCAUUCCUUGUAAAUCUCGUGUAAUUUACGGAUAAAUUUGUAGACUAAACUGGGAUAAACCCAGUGGUUUUGUGUGAGUAAAAGAAGAAAUGUCUGGAUUUUUGGA